GUUCGCGCAUAUUUCCAGCCACUACUCGUGCAUCUCGUAUCUGCCAACGCCACAAACGUGUCUAGCGGCCUCCGAGAUAUUGUAGAUCCUCGCCGCAUGCGUGCCUUCAGCCUCAAGCGCCAUUUUCAUCCAGCCUCCCUCCAGCCCAAUGCAGCCCUACACACUCCACGAUUUGGCCUGCCGCAUCCGGCAACCCGACGUGCGCGGUUUCUAACUCCACCAACGUCGCCCCUGACUCGGCAUCUCACGAUAGUUGGCGCACUGACUCUGCGACAGCUACACCCCAGCACCCAGCAUCUCGGCGGUGAAGAUGGAAGGAAGGGGAGGGGAGACCGGGGACUCCACGCUUCUCCCAUUCCUGUCCCAAGCUACGCAGUCUGGGCCGGUGGGGUCUCCACUCACCACACCAACCCUCCUCCACUCCCCCCCUGCGCACGCUCUCUCACCCCACCAUCGCAUGUUGCAAGGUUUGCGGUCGCGGCAACCAGAACACCUCUAAAUAACAACCUCACGCUGCUUGGACCGCGCGGUUCCUAGCGCGUUCUGGAGGUCGAGCUGGGGGCUGGACGUUUCACGUCGUGGCUGCGGGCGGUUCGGCGUGCGCGCUUUUUCCAGUACGUGUCGGUUAGUG